UCUUCUCCACUGAGUGUUUGCCUUCCAUGAGGCCUGAGACACGCUGCUGUUCACUCUCCAUGACCCAGGAUGCCUCUCCUCAUCCCCAAGCCUCAAUCGAAGCAUCACAGCGCCAUGGCAUCCCAGGGGAUCACCUGGCUUCUGUCCCUGGCUCUGCUGCUCUAUGCCGCGGUGGCUCAGCGGAGCCAGUUCCGAAUGAAGCCGCAGACGCUGGUGGCAGAGCCGGGCAAGAAGAUGGAGCUGUGCUGCGAGGUGGUGGUGAGCAGCCCGCCUGUCGGCUGCUCCUGGCUCUACCAGCCGCCCGGCCGAGGCGCCAGCCCCACCUUCCUCCUGUACCUCUCCUCUACCCGGACCACCCUGGCCGACCGGCUGGACCGGCGGUUCUCGGGGACGAAAAACAAGAACUCGUACACGCUGACCGUGAGCGAGUUCCGCCCGGAGGACCAAGGCUACUACUUCUGCUCGUUCCUGGACAGCGGCAUGGUGUUCUUCAGCCCCUGGGUGCCCGUCUUCCUGCCAGUGAUCACCACGACGCCAGCGCCCCGACCACCCACACCGGCGCCCCCGACAUCGUCGCUCCCUGUGUCCCGGAGCCCCGAGAUCUGCGGGCCCAGGGCAGGAGGAGGCACAGUGGACACGAGGUGGCUGGACUUCUCCUGUGAUAUCCGCAUCUGGGUCUCCUUGGCCGGGUUGUGCGCGGUGCUUCUCCUGUCUCUGGUCGUCACCGUCAUCUGUUACCACAGAAACAGAAGACGUGUGUGCAAAUGUCCCAGGCCCCUCGUGAGACAAGGAGGCAAGCCCAGCCCUUCUGAGCGCUACAUCUAACGUGGCACCAGGACUGUGCCAUAGUCACUACAUGACAUCCAACUGAGACCUUUCCUUGCAAGAGAGCAACUUCUCUUUUAAGUUUUUCCAGUCUUCCUUCCUGUGCAUUCAUUCUGAUUAUUUUAGUGUGGGGCAGGUUGGGAAGAGUAACUUUAUCUAUUUACUUUGACACAAAACCAAACCACAUGAUGUCUACGGUGUACCGCAAGAGUCAAGUGCAUGGCACACACACAAUGUACAGAAAGCAGCACACCAGAGCUACCCUGAGAGCCACUUCACAGAAUCAUGCUGGUAGAGCCAAAGGUGAUGUCAGGACCCAUAUGUUCAAAACCUCUUCCUCAUGGUCUUACAGAAGAUGCUGGAACCCAGCCUGGAAGUGGCUUGAACUCAGUAAGGGUGGGAGCCAGAGCUGGUAGACCCCUUCUCUGCCAACUUGUGGCUCUUUUCUCCACAUCAUUCAGGUCUCUCUUCCAGAGGACAGGGAGCCUGUGUCUCAAGGGAACAAGUAUUUCUUCUGCACCUGUGAUGUACUCAGUACUGGGCUCUAAUGUAAUAAAGAGAAGAGAACAACAUCUACCUUUCAGAGUACUCUAUGUUACUGAACAACAGCUGAUCUUUUUAUAUUGAAAUAUGAAAUUGCAUAGACCACACAAAUUCCUGCAGAAAAGUGAGAGGUGACUAAAUCCUAGAAAAGAAACCCUUCCAUCACUAAGGGAAAAAUCCACUAAAAUACCUAGGGAGUUAACAUCCCUCUCCCAGCUCUUAACUGGCAGAAGGUGAAACUUAACGAGUAUGAUGUGAGCAUUGGUAAAGGUGAACAAAAGGUCUUCCUCAAUCUCUAAAUGUGAGAUUCCAGAUUGGAACACGGUCCUGGGGUCACUGUUGAUGUGUUACACUUUGUAAUCACAGGCAGAAUUACUGGAGAGCUGUCAGCACAUUUCUUGAUAUCCUCUUGCUGUGAGCAAGAAUGAGGCAGAACAGAUUCCUGGGAGGCUGAGGGCCAAAUCUGUUACCCCCCAAACCAAUUUCCUCUUGUACACUAUCAUACAGUAUGGGUACUUGAUGAAGAAAAUAACUUAAGGAAGUAAGAAUCAUUGGUAAUUUUUUAUUGUUAUUAUAAAGGUGAUGUACAGAGGGGUUACAGUUACAUGUCAGGUAACUGACAUGUCACCUCUUCUCUUGUUUUCUACCAAUUUUUCCCUCCCAACCCCCUUCCCCCACUGGUAGCUCUUAAUUCAUGGUUAAUAUUAUACUGUGCUUUCUUUCUGAUUAUUUUCCAUGCAUAUAUGUAAAAUAUUUUAAACUAGAAUUGUACUGUGCUUAUAUAAGUAGCUUUGAUAAAUAAACAUUUAUAUCGUCCUUUUAA